AUGCCUUCAGCCAACGGUUCCGUUGCGCCCACACCGCGUUCACCUCCAAUCGUCUCGUCCCCAACCUUCGCCGGCGCGUCAAAUUCCUCAUCCAAUUAUAAAGGCAAAGGAAAGGCCCCCAUGACCAACGACACCAGCAAUGGCACGAGCAAUGGCACCACCAUUCGCAACAGCAAAGUCUACACUGCAAGCCACGACAACAGCAAUGACAACAGCAACGACAGUAGCAAAGGCAAAAGCAAUGGCGACAGCAAUGACAACGGCAAUGGCGACAGCAAUGACAACAGCAAUGACAACAGCAAUGACAACAGCAACGGCAGUAGCAACGGCAACGGCAACAGCAAUGACUACACUCCAAGCUACGGUAUCGGAAACUUGACGGAAUACCUCAUCGACGUCAAGACGCUCACCAAGCUCUGCGACCUCGGCGUAUCAGAAGCCGCUCAGCUCGGAGCCUUCCUCACCAAGCGCUACAAAUCCCUGAACGAAAAGCAAACCCGCCGCAUGGCAGCCGCCGAAAAGAUCAUUGACGAAGUCGAGACCAUGAAAGAAGGGCACAAAGUUUUCGACAACAACGUCGUCCACCACUACGAUCGCUUCGUCAAGGAACUAGAGGAAGCCGAGACCGCCAUGUACGAGGGUAUCAAGGUAGCCAUGUACACCGAUGCCGCGAAGAGCGCAAAGCUGGCCCGAGAGAACUCCGAGUUUGCCAGGAAUUUGCACAAAAAGAUCGAGGUGUUGAAUGGUGAGUACAAGGCUAAGAGAGACGAGAUUGUGGCUGCGAGGGAUGAGAUGAUUGAUAUCUUGUACGGUGCUGUUAUGCGGUGCAUCUUGGUGGGGUCUGGUGCUGUGGAGAGUGAGAACGAUAAGGAUAAGUUGUUGAGUUUGUUCAAGCGCUGA